AUGGUUGGCCUCAUGAGCUCCAAGCGGGCCUACAACUGGUUCUGCUCCCUCGUCGCAGCAUCCUGCAUGGUGUUGUACGGUUACGAUGCGUCCGUUUUCAACUCCGUCCAGGGAUCUGAUAAUUGGGUAGCCUGGUUCAACACCCCAAAUUCAACCAUGCUCGGUUCGAUCAAUACUGCAUACACAGUUGGUGCCAUCUUUGGUGGAUUCUUCCUUGGAGGACCAACAGCCGAUUUCCUUGGUCGCAAGGUCGGAAUGGGUAUUGGCUGUUGUUUUGUCAUCGUUGCUACAUUCCUGCAAACCUUUGCUCCGCGUGGUAACAUGGCUAUGUUCAUUGCUGGACGUGUCCUGAUUGGUAUUGGCCAGGGCAUUGCCUUGACCGCGGGUCCUAUUUAUAUUGGUGAAUUGGCACCUGCAGAGAUCAGAGGAAAGAUCAUGACCUUCUGGCAGAUGUUUUACUCUGUUGGCUCAUUCAUUUGUUUCUGGAUUGCCUACGCCUGUACCAGGGCUCCUUGGCUAGGGGAAUGGGACUGGAAGAUGAUCAUUAUUUUCCAGCUUUUAUUCCCUAUUCUUAUUAUUUGCCUUCUUCCCAUCAUUCCUGGAAGUCCUCGUUGGUAUAUCAAGCGCCACAACAAUAUCGAGAAAGCACGAUCUGCCCUCCGCCGAGUCCGAGACACAGAGGAGGAGGUCGAAGAUGAGAUUCUGAUGAUUCGCGAAGCUCUGGAAUACGAGAAGGAGGCCAUCUCCAGCGGAUACAGCGCUUUGUGGAAGGACAAGUCUAUUCGCAAGCGCAUGUAUCUUGCUUUGGUGAUAAACGCCGGCCAGCAGCUUACCGGACAAGGCUCUCUGAACUCAUACUCGACCAAGAUCUACGAGAAGGUGUUCACUCACGAAAGCCAAAUUUCUCUCAUCAACGCUCUGAACGCCACAUUUGGUAUUCUCUUCACCUUGAACGCGAUCUGGUUCAUUGAUCGAUUUGGUCGAAAGGCUCUUCUGAUCGGAGGUUCCAUCGGCAUGGGUCUUUGCAUGAUCAUCGUUUCUGCCGUCGAAACCGAGACACCGAAUAUGGCAAAUGGAGCCAAGUCUGAACCCGUUGGCAUCUCAAUCGUUUUCCUAUUCUUCCUAUUCAUUUUAUUCUACAAGCCUUCAUGGGGCGCAACUGUAUGGAUCUGGACAUCCGAGGUCUUCUCCAUGAAUGUCCGCGCACAGGCUGUGGGAAUGGCCUCGCAAACACAAAACGUUGCCAACACCAUCUGCCAGCAGUUCUUCCCUAUCUUCCUUGAGCAUGACGGCUUCUAUGCUUUCUACCUCUUCGCUGGAAUCAACUUUCUGCUGGGUCUCUUCGUCUUCUUCUUUGUUCCGGAGACCAAGAAGGUCACCCUGGAAGAAAUUGACGCCUUGUUUGGUGGAGCCAACCAUGUUACUCAAGGAGAGGAGGUUCUCGCGCACCAGAAAGCCAUCAAGUCUGAGACUCAAGGAAAGGCUACUGCCGUUAAUGUCGAGAACGUGGAAUACUCUUGA